AUGGCGCCAACCAUUCACUGUGUUCGCCACGCUCAGGGCGUCCACAACCUCUGCACCGCAAACCAUGUUAUCCCGGAUCCGCUCCUCACAGACCUUGGCCAUGAGCAAUGCGCCAAGCUUCGGGAGGCCUUCCCUUACCACGACAAGAUCGACUUGGUGACGGCCUCACCUCUGCGCCGCACCAUCUACACUGCCCUAGAAAGCUUCGAGCCUGUUUUCCAAGCUCACCCGGAAUUCAAACUCAUCGCCCUGCCGGACCUGCAGGAGACCUCGGAUGUGCCCUGCGACACCGGCAGUGACCCCAAGGCACUACAAGAGGAGUUUGCGGGCAAGAACGUGGAUCUAGACAUGGUUCAUGAGGGCUGGAACAGCAAGACUGGCCACUAUGCCCCAACCAAUGCAGCCCUCCGAGAGCGCGCUCGUGCCGCUCGCCGCUGGCUGAAAGCUCGGCCCGAAAAGGAGAUUGUCAUGGUGACGCACGGCGGAUUCCUGCACUACUUCACCGAGGACUGGGAGGAUCACAGCCAGUACCAGGGCACCGGAUGGUCGAACACUGAAUUCCGAUCCUACACCUUCUCCGACGAGGAACACAAAGAUGAUUUGGAGGGUCACGCACUCAAUGGGGACAAUGCUACGCUCGUCGAGACUAUUGAUUCGCGACAACGCCGUGGCAAGGUUGGUCCCACUCCGGAUCGUGCACAGCAGAAGAAGCUAUACCAGCUUGGUACCCAAAGCUGGAAUGAACAGCUUAGCACGCCGGAGCAGGACUCGGCAAAGGUGCCUGAGGGUGAAGAGGUCAAUGGGGUGCGAGUAUGA